UAUUUCUUCCUUCAGCCUUUUCUUCUCCUACUGCUCCUCCUACAGCUCCUAAGCGAGCAGCCUUUUUCUGAUCGUCUGGAACGCAGCAAGAUACUGUUCGCCGAUCUGAGCCACUUUAGCUUCACCUCGCGUUCAAAGGAUAAGGAGAGAGAAGGAAAAGGAUGUUCGAUAUACUGAUAGGUCGGAAGUUCUCGAACAAAUGCAAGCAUUCGGUGAAAUACAUCAAGUGCAGGAUAGAGACGAUCCGAAAGAAGAAGCAGGUGAUGGUGAGAUAUUUGAAGCAGGACGUUGCCGAUCUCCUCGCCCGUAGCCACGACGCUAAUGCUUUUGGUCGGAUCGAUGCACUUAUUGUUGAAAUAAAUCAUGCAUCUUGCUAUGAUAUGAUUGAGCAAUACUGUGGAUGUCUCCUGGAGAAUAUCUCGACGAUGUGCAAGCAGAGGGAGUGUCCUAAGGAAGCCAUGGAAGCUAUAGCAACUCUGAUUUUUGCUGCUGCCAGAUUCUCAGACUUGCCUGAAUUAGCUGAUCUCAGGAGUGUAUUUACAAAGCGUUAUGGAACUCUGAUGGAAUCUUGCAUCGACAAAGAGUUUGUUGAGAAGAUGCAAAAGAAAUCAUUUUCAAAGAUCAGGAAGCUGCAAUUAAUGGAAGAUAUUGCCCAGGAGUUUUCCGUGAAUUGGAACUCUAAUAUGUUUGAGAACAAAAUGUCGAAUCACUCUGCACCAAGUCAUGGCAAUCCAAUGAAACAUCAACUAGUCAAUAAAGAGAACGAGAAACAGUUUCCCGAGAGAUCUCCGCAGAAGCAUCAAAUACAACCGAAAGAGCAGAUAGAUUUUCAGACAACUCCAACCGAAUUCAAUAUACAUGCACAGGAUAGAACCGAGAAGACCGUAAAGAUGACUGCAGAUGUAUUAGAGGAUGCCAAGUCUGACCACCCUGAUAUAAAGACUAAUUUCAAAACAAAAUACAAAAAUGAAUCAAUAUUUGAUGGCAAUGCACGCGGCACAUUCCAAAGGGUUCAUGAGGGAAUUAAUCUGGUUGCUACUGAAAGGCAACCUUCUACAGACGCUGUGAACAGAGAUUUCAAGGCCAUCAAUACAAUACCUCCUCCAUACACCGAACUACCAGAAUGCUCUAACGGUAACUUCCCAAGCUCUGAAGAUAAGUGGCCUCAUAGACCCCUAAAUGCUUCAGGUCGCAGAACAUUCAAUUCUCAGCCUCCCUACAGGAAACCCAACGUAAGCAAGUCUCCAAACGGCGCUAACUAUGCAAAUCCUGCAGACUAUGAGAAGUCUACUGAAGAUCAGGGUAACGAUCAUUCUGAGGCUUAUUAUGAUCAGCAAGGAAGAGAAAUAACAAGGACGAAUGGCCUCCAUGGUGAGGCUUAUUAUGAUCAGCAAAAAUUCAUCAUAAAACAGGCCUCCAGUAAUCGUCAAAGACAUGGCAGUAGGAGAACUGUACAGGCCACCAAAGAUGGUCGCCGUGACGAGGAGGAAGAGGUUGUGGAUAAACUCCUGAUGCAUUACAGCAAGAAAGGCACAAAUAAUGAACCAAGGAUGACCAGAAGAACCAUGAGAGGAGCUCUUAAAGGUCCCUUAGCUAAUCCUGCAAGGGUUCCAGAGAACCUUGAUGAAGGUAAUAAAUACAACAUAAGAGAAAGAGGCAAAAACAGACAGAAAUUCUGUCUGGUCGGAACUCAAAACUAAUCAAAGAGAUCAUGAAUAGCAGUCAUAUUCUCCUUUGGUUGCCCGAAGACCAUCCAAAAGGAGGAAGAAGGCGUCAUCAUCGUCCGCGAUCCAAAAAAAUAGCCUGCAAGAUUAGAAGCGAGUGACCGAGCCAAAGUAUAGUCCGCCAAAGAAGGAAUCGUGCAUCCGAACAGGGUUUAGCAGCAAAAUGAUGCCACCAACGGACCAGAACACCCAGGGACCAUUCAUAUAAGAGAAGGCAAAAAUUUCCGGGCAAAGAAGCCUUCCAGUUUGCAAAACUUAAUCAGACAAAGAGGAAUUUGGCAAGACAUAGAGUAGUGAGCUUCCCGGAAAAAAGUCAGCCAAAGCACGAGCCAAGAAACAGCAACAGUAACCAAAGAAAACCGUGUAUUAAUAGCAGGUUGGGCAGCAAACAAAUGCCACCAGCAAGCCCAAUCACCAUCGGUCCAGGAAAAAAGACAUCACGUUCAAAACCAAACAUCAAAUUGAGCAAAACCACAGCAAUUCUAUCAGUGAAACAGCAAAACAAAGCCAUAACAGUCAGGUGUAUCUCAGCUGUAAAUGUUCUUUUAUGAAAUUCCAAUAUUUCCAGUUCUCAAGUUUGAGGUAGACAGCUCUAGAAAAAACAGCUCUACCGGAGCUGAUCCAUUUUCCGCCCGCUGUGCAGCUUAUCAGAUUGCUUUUUGGUGGCAACCAGGGCUCUGCUCCUUGGGAUGGCCUGGCUUGUCGUUCUUCUGUUUUGCCUUCAGUUCAGGCUCAGGUGCUUAUUUUGAUCUCUCUGGCAACCAUGGAGGACCGUUAGCUGCUGAUCUAUUCGAUGAUGGUUUGCUUUCCCUGUUAGCUCCAUUUUCCUGAGUCCGAGGUCUUUUCGGCCUAUGCUGGUUUAGUUCUUUUGUUUCUAUUUUUUUGCUUUGUUCUUAGUCUUUCCUGCUUUCUUGAUGUUUGUUUUUCUUGCCCAGUUUUUGUUGUUGGGUAGAAAAACUUUUGUUCCAUUUUGGUUUUAAUAUAAGGGCGAAGCCCCAAAAAUUUC